CAAAUAUCCAACCUCAUUGAUUAUAAAUGCAUUACAAGAUGUUGAGACUCGCUUACAGUAUGAGAAAUGUCACUAAGGUUGCUAGAGCGGUGAGACCCGUUCCUGCUGCCAGAAUGCAACCGGUCAGAUUCAUGAAUGGUGUUAAGUUUUACUCCUCGACUUCUUCUUUGACCAAAGAGGAUGUGCUUGCGAGAUCGAUUUCUGUGUUGAACUCGUUCGAGCUGAAAGUUCCUUCCAGUUCGAUUGGUAUGGAAACCGAGUUCAUUAAGGAUCUCGGCAUGGACUCGCUAGACUACAAUGACGUGCUUGUUGCCCUCGAGGAGGAGUUCGACGUGGUGUUUGAUGACAACGUUGCCAACGAAAUCAAGUCUGUGGGAGAAUGUGUUGACUACAUUCUGAAGAACUACACGCCUGCUGAGGAGUCCCUGGAUCCCGAGAUCCGUUGAGCCAAUAGGAGCAUUGUUUCGUCCCACACGAGGCGACCAAGUGCCUUUGUCUCUGGCUAUAGGGUGUCCGGAGACUUCGUUAUGUAGAUAAUCGUUGAAUUA